AUGGUGCAACUACGCUCGUUCCUCCCGUUCGUAACCCUCGCGCUCCCCCUCCUCGCCUCCGCCUCUGAUGUGGUCAACCUGAUCCCGUCCAACUUUGACACCGUCGUCUUCGAGUCCGGCAAGCCCGCGCUGGUCGAGUUCUUUGCCCCAUGGUGUGGCCAUUGCAAGAACCUCGCCCCCGUCUAUGAAGAACUGGCCACCGCCUUCGCGACCUCGGGCAACAAAGUCACGAUUGCCAAUGUCGAUGCGGACAAGCACAAAGAUCUAGGCAAGAGAUUUGGCGUCCAGGGGUUCCCUACGCUGAAGUGGUUUGACGGCAAGCCCGGGUCCGAGCCGCAAGACUAUAAUGGCGGCCGGGAUCUGGAGAGUCUGACGGCGUUUGUGAGCGAGAAGAGUGGCGUCAAGGCAAAGGGCCCCAAGAAGGCGCCGAGCCAUGUGGAGAUGUUGACGGAUUCGACCUUUCAGACCGAGGUCGGGGGCGACAAGGACGUGCUCGUCGCCUUCACUGCCCCGUGGUGUGGCCACUGUAAGUCCCUCGCUCCGACAUGGGAAAAGGUCGCUGCCGACUUCGCUAGCGAGCCGGGCGUCCUGAUCGCCAAGGUCGACGCCGAAGCCGAGAACGCAAAGGCCACGGCCCAGGACCAAGGCAUCACCGGCUACCCGACCAUCAAGUUCUUCCCCAAGGGCUCCAAGGAGGCGGAAUCGUACAGCGGCGCGCGAAGCGAGGAGGCCAUCGUCGACUUUGUCAACUCCAAGGCCGGCACGUACAGGGCGCCUGGCGGGACGUUGAACUCGCAGGCCGGCACGAUCGAGGUCAUUGACUCGCUUCUCUCCAAGUACGUCACCGCGAAUGGUCUCAAGGAUGCGGAAAAUCUGGCAGAGGAGAUCAAGACCCUGGCCAAGGAUCUUAAGAACUCGUCCGUCGACUACUACCUCCGUGCGGUGUCCAAAUUGACCGGAAACCCCGAGUACGCCAUGAAGGAGCAGACCCGGCUGGCUGGCCUGUUGAAGAAGGGGGGUCUCGCGCCGGAGAAGAUUGACGACUUGCAGAAGAGAAGCAACAUCCUGGCCAAGUUCUUGGUCAAGGAGCCCGAGGCGAAGAGCGAGUUAUAA